AUGGACAAACUCAGUAUUCUCUUGGUGCCAUCUUUAGGACUCAACAAAGUUGUGAUUAUGUCAGUCGAGGAGAUACAGGACAAGAAAGGCAACGAUAUCAUUGAAGGUGACUUCGUCUACACCAAGUUCAGAGGCGGGUCACAUGAGGGCAAGGUCGAAACGAUCGUCAAGGAUCAAGCCAGUGCCCAACAUGGGGGCGUAGCGAGCUACCCUAAGGCAAGUCCACCAUCAGCGAGACAAUACUUUUCAUUAUUCUAG